GAAAAAUGUGAAGAAGCAUCAACUUUUAAGGUAAGAAAGAUGAAUGGUCUCCAUGUUCUCAUACUUUCUAUCUUUGCUUUUCAGCUGUUGCUGUUUCCUUCUACUCCUGCACAAGCUGCACCUCUGGGUGAGUCAACUGUGAAAGUGAUGAAUUUGAGGCCACCCAGACAUCCACGACGACACCCACCGCCACCACCAACUCCGGGUUAUUCUCCCGAACCGGGUCCAGGAAAAACUAAACGAUCUCCUCCAACACCUUCCACUGUUGUAGCAGCACCUAUGAACUCUAUCUGCAGCAAGGAAUCACCUUUCAAUCCUUCUUCUGCAUCAACAUGAUC